GAAUUCACUCUCUCUAAACUCCCUUGUAAAAGCACCCGUGCAUUCUCCGGUUAUAAUAUAAAUUGGGCUACAGGUGUUCCACCUAAAGUCCUCCCGGUCAAUUUGCGAGUUUUUAUCUUUCUUACUUUGCCAAAUCAAGCGAACUAUUCUAGACCCGGUCUAGUACAGUUUGACCGGUCGAGUAAUUUACACCAUCAUUUUUGGCGCCACCCGUGGGACCGUUAAGGUUUCUUCUCCUAAACACAAACCUACCCAACAAAACACCACUCGAAAUGUCUUCCAGCCAACAGAUCAACGCUACUCCCGCUCAGGUGCAAGCCACCAAUGAGGGCGCCAGCACCCCUGCGGCUGCUACCAUACCGGUCAUUUCAGCCCCGGUGCUGCCCCUGGGCCUGAGCUCUGUCCCGACGGCCAGCGUGAUCAGUCCCUUCGUGACCCCCGUCCCUUCCGCUGGACCGAGGGUAACGUUCCCACCAAGCAUGGCUCAGUUCAUGAAUGACCCAGCCAACCUCCAAGCCAUCCAGGGCUUCGGCCAGGUCAUGGCCAUGUGCCAGCAGAAUGGGGGGAUGCCUUUCCUCCCUGGUAUGUUCCCGUUCGCCCUUCCAGGCGCGGGGACUAUGCCUCUACAAGCUCCGAUGGCGGUGACGUCGUUUCAAACGCCGAUGCCGCAACCAUCACCUUUCCAGCCCCAGCUGGUCAGCACCAUGGCCCCGGUCAACUUGGCAGGUGCACUUAACGCUGCAGGGCCGUCGCGUCCCCCGCAAGCUACGGAUCCACAGGUCACUCCUGAUGGUCAUUGCGUCUCGAUUGAGAGCAAUGACGGCGAGUGGGACAUCCCGAGGGCCCACAAGAAGAAGAAAGGAAAAAACAUCCGGCCAGCGACCUCCCGAAACUCCGCCUUCGAAAGGCUGGGGGAUAGGGAGGAAGGCCAGAGGAAGUCAGCCAAGCAGAGGCUGGGGCAGAGUGUUGCCCAUGUCAGCGCAUUCGCCCGGCUAGGCGAGGGCGACCAGAGGAACGCCCGGGAGUGCUAUGCCCGGGCAGUCAAGAAAAUGACCAGGGGGGUCAAUGUCAUCUCCCAAGAGAUCACAAAGGGAGAGACCCAGGAGAAACUAGAGCCCGAGGCUGAGACGGUGGAAAUCGAACUUCACCCGGGUGAUUCUUCGAGGAUGGUCAGAAUUGGAGCAAAUCUUCCCGAGGAUCUCAAGGAGCAGAUUACACGGGUCCUCCAAGAAUACGCGGGCAUAUUCGCAUGGAGCGUGGCGGAUAUGCCCGGGAUAGAUCGCUCUGUUAUCUGCCACCGGUUGGCCGUGAGGGAGGGAAGUCGACCGGUACGCCAAAAGAAGCGGUACCUGGCGAGUGACCGGCGAGACUUCGUCAAGAAGGAAGUGAGAGACCUCCUCAGUGUUGGUCACAUCCGGGAAGUCAAGUACAACCUCCGGCUGAAUCCUAAGAAAUGCGUCUUCGCGGUUCGCACCGGAAAGUUCUUGGGAUUCAUGGUGACUAAGAGAGGGAUAGAGCCCAACCCAGAGAAAAUCCGGGCUAUCACUGAAAUGCAAUCCCCUACCUCCGUUAGGGAUGUUCAAAAGUUGACCGGUCGUUUAGCGGCCCUCAGCCGGUUCCUUUCCCGGUUAGCUGAGAGAUCUCUGCCCUUCUUCAAAGUUCUGAAGAAGGCCAACGCAUUUGCAUGGGACGAAGAAUGCCGGAGGGCAUUCGAGGAGCUGAAAGAGUACCUAGCGUCGGAUAUUGUGUUGUCUAAACCCGAACCGGGUGAAACUCUAUAUCUGUACCUGGGAAUUUCCCCAAAUGCUGUAAGCUCCGUUUUAAUUAGAGAUGAUGGGGCACAAAAGCCCAUUUAUUAUGUGAGCAAAGCACUAAACGGGGCUGAGAGUAGAUAUACGGCGAUGGAAAAGACAGCCUACGCGCUUUUCAUCUCCGCAAAAAAGUUAACAUCAUACUUCCAAGCUCACCCAGUAGAAGUCUUAACUGACCAACCGCUGGGUGCAGUAUUGCGAAAUUCAACAUCCUCCGGGAGGAUGGUGAAGUGGGCAAUGAUGUUAACUCAAUUCAAUAUUGAGUACCGGCCAAGGUCAGCAAUCAAGGGGCAGGCCCUAGCUGACUUCCUUGUAGAAAUGACUGGUCUAGCUCCAGACUUACCGGCCAACAAGCCCACUAAGCAAUGGUGGGAGAUGGCGGUUGAUGGGGCAUCCGGUCCUAGAGGAUACGGGGGUGGUAUCGUGUUCACCACCCCAGAAGGAUUCAAGAUCUAUCAUGCAAUUGUCUUCAACUUCAAGCUGACGAACAAUGAGGCAGAAUAUGAAGCUCUGGCUGGAGGGCUCAGACUUGCCCAAGCCCUGAAAAUCAGCCGGGUCAGUAUCAAAUCUGACUCUAGCCUGAUAGUAGGGCAGGUGACCGGUAACAUGGAAGCAAGGGAAGGACGCAUGGCACAAUACAAGGACCUUGUACUUGCCCUGUUGAAAGGCUUCAAGGAAUUCAAGAUCGCCCAAAUNUAAAAGACUUAAUCACCCGGAAGAGGGGGCCCUGGAAGAAGGGUGCAUUUGAACCUUGGAGAGGGUUCGAAAUCAUUCGAACAUGGUUAAAUCUCCAGUAUUCUUACCGGUUAAGGAUACUUCAAGAAAUUACUAGGUUACAG